CCCCCCGGCCCUCGCGCCCAUUAUUUCCAUGAGAAUGUGGUGAGUGCGAUGGCGAAGGCCUGCACGAUCGAGAGCGGAUACCUGAGAUAAAGAGACAAACAGGUGGGUCAGCAGCCAUAAUGAUGUGUGUAUCUGUCACCGACCUGAAGUCAAGAAUGAAGACGUUGGAGGUCACUUUGCCGUAUUGCAGGAUGAUGUAGUCAGCUGACACACACAGACAGAGGGCACAGAGGGGACAGAGGGAUGGGCAAGGAGGGAGGGAGGGAGGGUGGGCAGGCAGGCAGCCCACUGACUGACUUCGUCGUCUGUGGUUUUUACGCUUCUUGACGAGUGUGAGUUGGAAGUUCUUUGCCGAUGGCUGGAUCAUCCUCCCCUUGAAGUCAAGCACCAAACUCUCAAUCUCUGCAACACACACACACACACACACACGGGCACACACAGAUGUUCCUUCUCACGUCGCACAUGUGUGUGUGUGCGUGUGUGCGUGCCUUCGUUCCAGUGCGGCUCUUUGGUCUUGAGCCUUAUUGCAUGAGGAUGGUGCGACCCGUCGGGCAACGGAGCACCUGAAAAGAGAAGACCGUGUCUAUUUUGUGUGCAUACAGUCUUGCUUGUGGUGUGUCUGUCUGUCGCCGGUCAGUUAGGUCCCUCCCUCACCGAGUCUUGGGUAGCCCUCUUUGGGGCACCAGAUCACCCGCGCACCAUCUGGUGUGUGAUUGGUGUGUUGCCAUCCAUCAAGCAAUCAAUCACCAUGCAUAUAUGCCACGUAGACAUGUCGAUCCCCCCCCACCUAACUCACCUGUAUAAAGGCCGGGUAUCGCCACCUCCAUCGAGUUGAAAAUGCCCUCACCGAUGCUCGACACCUUCUGCACACACACACAGCCGCUCGUGGGCUCCUUGCUGUCCUGUGUCUUGUCUUGUUGUCGUCUCGGUUGCUUACGUGUGAGCAGUGCACAAUCUGUUGGUUGUCACUCCUCUGUGACCCCGUACACCUCCUGCUGACGCCGCGGUAGUAGCACGCUGCACUCACACAAACACAGGCCGGUAUCCACGGAUCAACCAGCACUCUGCAGGGAGGGAUGCGGCUGUCCCAGGUCACCUUCGCACUCAGGGUUGGUGAGGGUCCACUCCGACUGAUCCCUCGACGCCCUACACACACACGAGCAUACAGACAUGUGGGCCGGCUGGUGUGUGCGUGUGUGUGUGUGUGUGUGGCCUAUCUAUCUGACGCACGUCAUGACGAAUGCGGGUGUGUCAAUGUUGAAGAGCUUGUCCUCGGGGUGGUAGGGCACAAAGUGCACCUUCUUGUCAGACAGAAACCUCGCAUGCAUGACAAACCUGAACCAUGACACAACCAACGGACACCAACCAACCAGCCCGAAGCAGGCGUUCGUUCACAUGAUGCAUGCCGGCCGGUGUCCGUGUGUGUGCAAUACAAUACCCGUCUUGGUCGUCAGUAUAGAGGCUGUAUUCGGUCCUGUCGUCGCUCCUCGACACGUAGAACCGAAACAUCUUGGACCCUCGACGGAACGGACUGCACACGCAAAUCAAAUCCACAUGCACACGCAUGGCAUGCAAGGCGACGGAGAAGUUGUUAAGUUGUGUGGGCGUGGCUGACGGACAGACAGACAGACCGGAGGUAUUCAGCACAUGUGUCCCUGGCAUAGCCCUGCUCCAGCACAUCAGCAAUGUCAAAGCCGCGACUGCUGCUGCUGCUGCAAACCACAACACAUAUCAACACAUAUCAACACAACACCCGGCCAUCGAUUCGUUCAGCCAUGCGCAUGAAGCAUGACAGAGGAGGCAUGGGCCGUUGGAUUGGACAGUACCUCGCCACACAUGAGGGGCUGGGGGAUUCAGGGGGAGCCUCGCGGGGACGGAAGAGGGGGAUGUUCACACCCUGCCAUGAGGGCGCAGCGGCCUGCAACAAGUGCAUACAUACCCGGUUCGCCCCUGGGCCACAAUGGCGCUCAUCAUGAUGUUCACAGGCAAUCGCCCAAUUGGAAUCGCCGUCUGACCUGGGGGCGCUGCUUCUCUAUGGUGGUAGAGGGAAGAAUGACGUUGACGACAGAAAGAUCAAGAAGGAAUCCUGCUGUUAACAGCAGAAGUGAGUGAUGGACGAGUGGAGAGGGGGGAAUCGGCCCCAAAACGGCUUUGGGGGCCCGUCGAGGUCCUCCCCUCCCUCCCCCAUGAAUGACGCUGCCGUCCCAUCCGAGCAGCCUGCCGAGCAGCAGGAUCAUGUCCCGCACGACAACGAAGAGCAGGAGAAAGAAUCUCAGCCCCAAGAAGCCACUGCUGCUGCGGCAGACUCUGAGCCCCAUGAAGAUCAGACUCGUCCCGAGGCCGGGGGGGAAACGGCCGGGCAAGGGCAAGAGGUGAAUGC